AUGGGACAUAGGCAAAGGGAGGAGUGGGAUGAAGAGCUCGAACGGCUCCACAGACUAGUCAGGGGUUUGGAGUUGAAGGUGAGAGGUAGGCACCGGAGAGGAGACAGAAAUGACCUGCAACAAGAGGUCGGGAUUGGGGAAAAUAGAUAUGGAGAGGGAUCCAAUCAGUUUGGACCUCGACUACGGCGAAGUCGUUCACAUUCCCGGGAAUCCCAUCGGUACCAAGACCGCUCGCACUCGAGAGGGUCUCGACGAAAUAGGAACCGGUCUCCCUCCCGGGAAUUGGGGCAACGCCGAGACCAUUCACAUUCUUGGGAAGAUCAAGUGAGAGACUCACUCUCCCCGGAAGAAAGGCGACCUCAGAAUGCUGCCAUGGAUGCCAUGAGUCACGCUCUGCGAAAAGUAGCUCGAUCCCCGUUUUCAAACGAAAUCGAGCGAGCCGAAAUGCCAGACAGGUUUUCCCGUCCACUGUUCAACUGCUAUGAUGGGAAGAUUGAUCCGGUAGAACACGUCAGCCAUUUUAUUCAGAUGAUGUCUUUGCAUACUCAUAAUGAUGCGCUCAUGUGUAAGGUAUUUCCUUCAAGUUUGGGACCAACUGCUUUGAGGUGGUUUAACGGGUUACGGAAAGGAUCCAUACAUAGUUUCUUUGAGCUGAUUCAGGAGUUCGGCGUUCGGUUUGUGACGUGCAACCGAGUACCUCAGCCAGUAGACGCACUUCUCUCAAUGAAAAUGAGGGCGGGAGAGACCCUCUGUAGUUACGCCAGCCGGUAUUGGGAGCUAUACAAUGUGAUAGACGGGGAUAACGAAAGGGUCGCAGCAAGCACAUUUAGGAUGGGGUUGCCAGAGGAUUCCGGACUACGAGAGUCGUUAACCAAGAAGCCUCUCGAAGGCAUGCGGCAGCUUAUGAGAUGCAUCGAGGAAUACAAACGAUUAGAAGAUGAUCGACUGCAGGGCAAAGGUAAAGCGCCGAUGAUAAAUCGUCCCCGGCAAACAAGUUUCCCGCUCAGGCCUCGUGGGGGUUUGGCGAUUCAAGAGUCAGCCGCACAAAUGGGAGAAGUGAACAUAACGUUUAAGGAACUGGUACACAGGAUUCUUGACUGGAUCAAACACGAGCCAUAUUUUCUAUGGCCGAACAAGAUGGGAGAGGACCCAUCCAAAAGGAAUUGGAAUCUGUACUGCACUUAUCAUCGAGACAAGGGUCAUACCACCGAACAAUGUUGGGUAUUAAAGGAUCACCUCAGGCAACUAGUCAAGACUAGGCACUCAAAGGAUUUUCUGCUAGACUCGGGGGACAGAGUUGUAGGGCAAGAUACCCGGCAAAGGGGGAACCCUUUCCCACCCCUUGUAGGGGUUAUUGAAGUAAUCUAUGUUGUUCCGGAGAAGCUCAUUGUAGGAAUGAGGAAAGGAGUGUUGACAGUGGUACUGGUAGAGGGUAACCCGGAUCUACAGUCGCCGGGUAAGAAGAUGAAGUUUGCACGGGAACCCGUCUCAUUUGACGAUGAUGAUUUGGAGGGGACGAUCCAGCCACAUGAUAACGCAUUAGUGGUCACAGCCUGA